CACCAUCGAGCAGGUCGAACAGACCUACGCCGUGGUCCUGAGCCGCCCCUCUUGGCUCUGGGGGGCAGAGAUGGGCGCCAACGAGCACGGCGUGUGCAUCGGGAACGAAGCCGUGUGGGGGAGAGAGGAGAUCUGCGACGAUGAAGCUCUCCUCGGCAUGGACCUCGUAAGGCUUGGACUGGAGAGAGCGGACACAGCUGAAAAGGCUCUUGCUGUCAUAGUUGAUUUGCUAGAAAAGUAUGGACAGGGAGGAAACUGCAUGGAGAGCCACAUGGCAUUUACAUACCACAACAGUUUUUUGAUAGCUGACAGAAAGGAAGCAUGGGUGCUGGAGACAUCAGGAAAAUACUGGGCAGCAGAAAAAGUAGAAGGAGGCAUGCGGAAUAUUUCCAACCAGCUCUCUAUCACAACCAAGAUUGACAAAGAGCAUCCAGAACUGAAGAAAUAUGCCAAAAGCAAGGGCUGGUGGGAUGGAGAAAAGGAAUUUGAUUUUGCUGCCACAUAUUCUUAUGUAAAUACUGCCAGAAUGACCACAUCCAGAGGUCGAUAUUGUGAAGGCUAUAAACUUCUGAACAAACACAAAGGAUCCAUCACUUGCGAAAUAAUGAUGGAAAUUCUCCGUGACAAAGAGAGUGGCAUUAAUAUGGAAGGUGGAUUUAUGACAACUGGAAGCAUGGUGUCUGUAUUGCCUCAGCAGCCUAAUCUGCCAUGUAUUCACUUCUUUACUGGAACUCCAGAUCCUGCAAGGUCUGUAUUCAAGCCUUUCAUUUUUGUACCCAGUAUUACUCGUUUAUUAAAAACUAGCUCCCCUACAUUUGGUCACGAUGAUCCAGUUAAGAAGCAGCCACGUUUUCAGAAUAAGCCAGAUCGAAGACAUGAGCUCUAUAAAAAACAUGAAAGUGCUGCUGUAGUUAUGGAAACUACCCAGGACCAAGGUAAAAAGAUGCUGAAAGAUAUACAGGAAUUGGAGAAACAGAAGAUCAGUGAAAUGGAAUCAAUCCUGCAAAACGGAUGUCUUGACACUAACCAAGUGGUUAACCUUUUUUCACAGUGUGUGGAAGAAGAACUCAAAAUAUAUAGCUAAA